AUGACCGCCUUCAACAUCCAGGUGGUCUCCGACACCGUCUGCCCGUGGUGCUUCGUCGGCCAUCGCCAGCUGCAACAGGCCAUCAAGCUCUGGCACGCCAGACACCCAGAGUCCAGCGACACCUUCAACAUCGAGUUCCUCCCCUACCAGCUGCAGCCCGAGUUCCCUAGGGGCCCCGGCAAGAGCGUCGACAAGGAAGCCUUCCUCCGCGCCAAGUUUGGCGACGCCCACCGGCUCCGGGCCUCCGAGCGACUCACCGCGAUCGGCGCGCCGCUCGGCAUCGCCUUCCGCUUCGGCGGCCGCGUCGGCAACACGCGCGACUCGCACCGGCUCAUCGAGCUGGCCAAGGCGCACGGCGCCGACGUCGCGAACAAGACCGUCGAGGGCAUCAUGUCCGCCUACUUCGAGCAGGAGCGGGACAUCACGACGCGCGAGGUCCUGGGCGAGGUGGCCGCGGCGGCGGGCAUCCCCGCGGCGGACUUUCGAAGGGCCAUCGUGGAGGGCGACGAGUACGGGGCGCGGGUGGACGAGGCUUCGGCGGCGGCGAGGGAGGGCGGCGUCGAUGGCGUGCCGGCGUUUACGAUCCAGGAUCGGUUCCGGUGGUCCGGGGCGAGAGACCCGGAGGAUUUCGUUAAGCUGCUGGAAAGGGUUAAGCAGACGAGCUCUUGA